UCUGUGACAUGAGCUGGAGAGCCAUGGAGAAAGUUUUAGUUGUUGGGAGUGGUUUAACAGGAGCUGCUUCGGCAUGUUUUUUACGGGAAGCGUGUCCGGAAAUGAGCGUUGUAAUAUGGGACAAAGCCAGGGGAAUAGGAGGUCGAAUGUCCACUAGCCGUAGUCCAAAAGACAGCGAGUGUACAGUAGAUUUAGGUGCCCAAUAUAUCACAGCCACACCAGAGUACAGACAGAAACACUCAAGGCUAUAUGAAGAUCUCUUAUCCAUGGGAAUAUUAUCUCCCUUGGCUGCCAAGAUAGAGGGAGAUUCAUCUGUGAAUGGAACAAAUUAUGUCACACCUCAGGGCAGCAGCUCUCUAGUCAAAUACUUCAUUCAAAAAUCAGGCGUGCAGGUGAUGAGAGACCACCAAAUUAACAGUGUAUCUCUGGGAGACAAGGGGCAAAUAACUGUGGGUACUCUGUCUGGUGUACGUGAUCAGUUUGAUGGUGUCCUCCUCACCAUGCCUGUACCUCAGAUAUUGCAAUUACAAGGGGACAUCAAGUCUAUCAUAGACAAACAAUCCGAAGUGAAGAGGAAACUAGAGGCUGUUCGUUAUUCAUCUCGAUUCUGUCUGGGUUUGUUCUAUAAAGCUGGGGCGAAGUUAGGCGUACCCUGGUCAGCUAAGUACAUACCUGACCACGACUGCCUCAGAUUUGUGUCAAUUGACAGCAGAAAGAGGGGUAGAGAUGAAGUGACUAGUGCCCCGUCAGUUGUUGUUCACACCAGUGUUCCGUUUGGAGUGAACAACUUGGAGCGGGAUAAAGAGGAAAUUGCACCCGAGAUCUACGACCACUUUACAAAAAUGUUUCCGGAAUUUCCAGAACCAGAGCACAUCAAGGGUCAUAAAUGGCGUUAUUCUCAGGUUUCUCAAGGUUAUGAAGGAAGUCCGGGCUACUUGAUACUUCAAGAAAAUCCAUUUAUCAUUUGUGGGGGUGACGGGUUCGCUCAUUCAAAGUUUGAUGGGUGCAUAGAUUCUACAGAAGCAGUAGUCAGUGCUUUUAUUAAGCAGCAGAAAAAACUGAAAGCUGACUUGUGAUGACAGGAACAAUUGCAGUUGUUUGCAAUAGUGUUGAAACCUUCCAUACUGGCGGCAUUUUGUGUGUUUAUGAAUGUAUGUUGUAGUCUGGUGAACUGAUUGUAUUUAGUACAUAUACAUGUAAACAUGCAUGUAGCAGUCAGUGUAUCAUCUGUCUAAUUAAUGUUUUACUCUCUUGCUGUCUUCAUGUGUUGAUUUCACCUGAUAAGUGUUAAGUGAGUCAUAAUGACUGAGUGAAUAAUCCACAAUGAAUUCUCAACUCUAAGAUAAAAAGCACACUGACCCUAACCUAACCGGUUCAAGCCAAACCAUGAAAUAAAGUGUGCGUGUGUAUAUAUAUAGUAUAUGUCAUGUACAUGUUGUUAGUGAACUGAUUUAUGGUGAUAUCUUAAAAUCUUUGCACAAACUCUUGCAUUAACCAUAGGAAAAAUAUUUUGCUGAAAUCUGCGGGUUAAUGAUUUUCAGAAACUACAUGUAGGACUUCAGUCCACAAAAAAAAAAAUAACCACAACUACAUUAUUUGUCCUUUUACAGCAAUGCUUGCAUCCCGAAAUAACGCCCAUUGCAAACCUUAUAGCAUGACAGUGUAUAGGACAUCCGUGAUCACUGGGUUAGAUAGGUUAUGGUGCUUGCAUUUCAGUAGCUAUAGGACACACAAAGUGCGGAUUCAAAUCUUGUCUUGUACAGGAAAUAUUGUAGGUAUCCCCGUUUUCACUCUUUGGCCUUGCGGUCGACGACACUCGUGUGGCCGUUUUUGCAAUCUAGUGCUCGUUGAAGACCACUUGUCUUUGCAGCGUGCAUAUCUGUUCUGUACACUUGGGAAAGUUUCUCAUUAACUUUCGAAAUGUCCAUAGUUUGCCCUUUGCACUCCAGUUUCCUCC